AUGGAGAAGAGCAGGAUCCUCAUCAUUGGUGGCACAGGCCACAUUGGCAAGCAUAUUGUUACUGCAAGCGUCCGGCUUGGCCUCCCAACUGCUGUCCUCACCAGGGAUUCUGCACCAUCUGACCCAGCUAAGGCGCAGCUCAUCAAGAGCUUUGCCGAUUCCGGUGCUGCUCUCAUCAAGGGAGAUGUAUUAGACCAUGGAAGCCUGGUUAAGGCUGUUAAGUCUGCCGAUAUAGUCAUCUCAGCAGUGGGCCCCCGCCAAGUCGGCGAGCAAACGAGGAUCAUUGCUGCGAUCAAGGAGGCAGGCAAUGUCAAGAGGUUUGUGCCAUCUGAGUUUGGCUCCGACGUGGACCGCCUGCACACUGUGGAUCCGGCGGCGUCACUGUAUGCUGUGAAAGCCAACCUCCGGCGUCUGAUUGAGGCGGAGGGGAUACCUCACACCUACAUCAGCUGCAAUUGCUUUGCAGAGACCUACCUUCCAAGCAUUGGUGAUGUCACGGCCAUUGGUGCUGGUCCUCCGGCCUCCAAGAUCACUGUCCUAGGAGACGGGAGUGCCAAAGCUGUGUUCGUGGUGGAAAAUGACAUUGCUGCCUACACGAUGAAGGCAGUCGAGGAUCCAAGGACCCUGAACAAGAUCCUGUACAUGAGGCCUCCUGCGAACGUGGUGUCCCACAACGAGCUCAUCUCGAUGUGGGAGAAGAAGACCGGCAGGACCUUGCAGAAGGAGCACGUCCCAGAGGAGGACAUUCUGAAGUGGAUCAAAGAAGCGGCGUUCCCUCUGAACAUACUGCUGUCCCUGGGGCUCUCCACCUUCGUCAGGGGCGAGCAGGCCAACUUCGACAUCAACCCGGCUGUUGGCGUGGAGGCCACCCAGCUUUACCCUGACGUCGCCUACACCACCGUCGAUGAGUACCUCAACCGCCUUAUUUAA